GUUUUUAUGAAUUCGGUUCUUGAGCUUAAUAUCUACUUGGUCGAUUCACAGCGGGACAUCGUCAAUGCCAACGCAACACUGUUAAAAAAAAAUAAACAUUUGCAAGAGUAAAACAUUUUGCAACAUUUUUCGCCGCAUGCUGUUGUCGACUAUUAUAGAAAUAAUCUUGUAAAUUACGACGACCAUGAAGAAAACCGCUUUAUUGUUAUGCGUAUUUGUUAGUUGUUCGGUUGGAAAUGUUAUGUUAAAUACUCGAGGCCUUAAAGAAUGUUGCAAUAAAAGUCAUUCGUCGCUUUGCAAGUUAAAUUGCCGAGAGGUUGCAAUUUUUUCAACUAAAAAACCAGCUUAUUUCAGACGUCGUUUGCAAAAGUUAGCAAACUCGUGCACCCGUUCUGAGGAUAAGUUUUGGAAAGAAUUCGUUCUUACUGAUUUUUGGAAACAAUUUCGUAAGGAAGCUAAAGUGCACAGGCAAGAUGUUGCUCAUGAUGUUUGCUGUAAUGAAGCAGUUCAUCCAGCAUGUGAAAUUCAAUGCCGCACUCUUUCAACAAAAAACAGAAAAAGGUUGGAAAAUGAAAAUUGUGGUGCUAUUAGAGAGCCUCGUUUAGCGCAGUGUAUUUACAGAAUAAAAGCUGCAGAAAAUUGUUGUAUGUCAUCAUUGAAUGAAGAAUGCAAACAAAUUUGUAUUCAGCAUUUUAGCAACCCUAGAUCUGAUAUUGUGUCACUGCAUAAUGAAAUGGGUCACAAAUGUGGUAUCAAAUCAAAAGAAUUCACAUGUGCAUUUGAACAUUCAGAGUACAAGAGUUCUAUUGGAGAUUUAGAAACAUGCUGCAGUUUAGGCGAGAAAAAGGAAUGCGUUCAGGGAUGCAAAAAAGCAGUUGGUCAAUAUUAUGAUAUUAAUGUUAUGUUUGGUACCUUGUCUACCCAUUGUGGUCCAUUUAAUGUAGAAUCACCUUUUUAUGGUUGUGUUAUUCAAAGUUUACCAAUUUCUACUCCAACAUUAAAUCAAAACAACAAUUUGGAAAUUUUAGAAAAUGAUGAAGUUAUGCCAAAUAGAGGUCUUGUUCAGUUUCAAAAGCCUUGCUGUUCCAGAGGAAAGAGUUUAAGAUGUAGAAACUGGUGUGAAAAGGCUAUCAACAGCCCAGCAUUAAUGGGACUGUGGGAUACUAUGUAUCUUGAAUGUAUCCAGAAUCCUAAAGAAGCUGAACUCUCUAAAUGUAUGUCUGAUGUAUUAGAGUCAUGUGAGUUAGGUUGCAAACCUGAAAUGCAGUUUUGCACAAACAUGAAUAACAGACAAUUGGAUCUUUUUCGCCGGUGUAACAGCUAUGGAGAUAGCUCAGCUAGAAAGUUACUAACUUUUUGGUCAGUUGGUGUGGUCUAUAUAUUUGAUUAUAGCCUUGUUUUUAAAGAUAUAAAUACAUGUCAGCCAGAACUUUUUAAGGCAUUGGCUUGCUUGCUUGCAGUUAGACCAUGUGAUUAUCAAGUCUCUCAAAUACAAGUUUGCAGAGCUGAUUGUGAAGAUAUGUUAAGCACAUGUCUAAAUUUUGAGCAGAGCAGUCCUAAUCUAGAUGUGCAAAAAGUGUGUGCUGCUAUGUUACCAAAUGGAAAUCAAUCAAACUGCUUAUCUGUGCACUCGUAUGUAGACACCCCUAGUUUGAACAACAAGAAUCCUGUAUCUAUUUCUGCACGUGAUCCUGUUGAGAUGCCCUGUCAUGGAAAUCCUUGUGGCUUAGGCGAGGUGUGUCUCAUCAAUCAACAUUGUAAUGAUCAUCAAUCCAAUAUUCCUUGCAAACUCUAUUCCUGUGUUCAAGGUUGUGCAGUUGGCGAUGAAAGCAAACUUCUUAUUCCUGUUGGCCAUUUAGCUAAGCUAACUGUUGAAAAUGAUGAUAAAGAAUGCUAUCAAGUAUGUGAAUGUCUUGCUGGAUUGUCUAAAACAUCAAAACUUGCUUAUUUUGGCAACUGUAAGGAGUUUGGAUGUAACUUAAAAAGAUCAUGUAGAGUAAAUAACAGAACAUGGUUAAGCGGUGAAACGUUUACAGAUGAAUGUAAUGAUUGCAUCUGCAGUGAUGGUGAUGUAAUUUGUACAAACCGUCGUUGUUUAGAUUCUAUGCUAUUAGGAAAUACGUCCAAGAAGGCAUCAUGGUUUGUCAGAAUUCAUUUGCGAUUGUGAUUCGGUUUACAAUCCUGUUUGUGCUCAAAAUGGAAUGACUUAUCCAAAUUCUUGUUAUGCAAGAUGUCGAUGCAAUAACGAUCCUUUGCAUGUUGGUGAUUGUCAGGCAAAUGAUCCAUGUGAUCCAAACCCAUGUUCACCAGAUUUAGUUUGUGUUGUAAAAAGAAAUACUUGUUUAACUGUUGGACCUCCUUGUCCUCAAUAUAGCUGUCUUACAAAUGCUACAGGAACAUUUUUUGAAGAAAUGGAACUAUGUCAAAAAAGUAUUGAAUAUGUUUGUGGUCGUGAUGGUGUUACUUAUAAAAAUCAAUGUGAAAUGAACUUAGCAGGAACAACUAUUGAUUAUUUUGGAAGUUGUUUACCUGUUGAUGUUCGAGCUUCUCAAGAUCGCUGCAAAAAUGUUAUCUGUCCGAAAAUCCAUUCAAGUUGUACAACAGUUAUGGUUGUUGGAUCUUGUUGCUCAUUUUGUGGUUCAUUUUUACGUUUGUUGUACAGUCAACCAGAAGUCAUUCUACAUCGGAAUUAUAUUCGCUAUAAUGCUAUAACAGUUGUCGAAAUCAUUACUAACUUACGGCUGUUACUUAAAGCAAGUGCUUGCAACUUACAUGGUCAUCUCACAGUUGAAGGAGAUAUACUUGUUAUGUUUUCAUCCACUGAAGUUUCGCAGCGCUUGCUUCACAUCUGUACGUUUGAAGCUCAAAGAUUUAACAAAUACAUAAACGAAAAAAAUCCAAAGAUAACAUCAAACUAUUUCUUGUCAGUGCUUAAAUCUUCUAGAAUAAAAAGCGCAACUUGGAGCGCGGAAACAAAUUCAGCUGUUCUGAUAAGUAGAAAAUAUUGGCAUUUCAUUUUACUAGCUAUAGUUUCAAUUAUUUUUAACAGGUAGCUCUUAAACAAAUCAAAAUAGAUAUUAUUUAUACAGGGAAUUUCAUUAUAGGUGUUUUUAUACUAGUUUUUUAAUUUGUUUUUUUUUUAAAAAAAAAGAUGUAUUUUCUCCCAGCUUGCGUUUGUUUGCGUUUAUUUUUGUUAAUUUUUCAAAAACUAGAAUAACCUCUUAAAUUAGCAAGAAUUUUUUUUAAGUUUUCUACAAUUAUACAGUUUUAUACUCCAGCAGGUGUUAUCGUUAAUUUGUUAAAGGAUUUCUGUGAAAAAAAAAGGAAAAACUAAAAGUGUAAAUAUUGUACAUAUUUUUAUAUUUAGUGUAGAUAAGUUUUAUGUAUAUAAAGUGCAAUGAAAAAUUUAAAAGUAGUUUUUA